CUUUGGCUGGUGGCUGCUCUCCAUCAUGUGGAGGGACUUUCUGGCCAACCGGCAUUACUUCAUUGCGGUCCUCAUCCCCUUGGUCUUCCUGCCCCUGCCCUUGGUCCUGCCUUACAAGGAGGCAGGAUGCGGCUACAUCAUCUGCCUCAUGGCUCUCUUAUGGUGCACCGAGGCUUUGCCGCUGGCAGUCACGGCUCUGCUGCCAGUCCUGCUCUUCCCAAUGAUGGGCAUCAUGGACUCCACUUCGGUGUGCAAGGAGUACUUGAAGGACACCAACAUGCUCUUCCUGGGCGGCCUGUUGGUGGCCAUUGCGGUGGAGCACUGCAACCUCCAUAAGCGCAUCGCUUUGCGGGUCCUCUUGAUCGUGGGAGUCAGGCCUGCCUUGCUCCUGAUGGGCUUUAUGGUCGUCACGGCUUUCCUCUCCAUGUGGAUCAGCAACACCGCCACCACCGCCAUGAUGAUGCCCAUUGCCCAGGCCGUGUUGAACCAGCUCCACAAAACCGAGCAAGAGACAACCGGACCCGAGACAACAGAGAAGGCAAACAGCAACAUCAAUCCAGCUUUUGAACUGCAGGAGCAAGCAGUGAAUGGACAUGUAGUGACCUUGGAGAAGGUGAGAUCGCCCGAAACGGACUAUCAGAAGCUUGAGGAAAAGCACCGCAGCACCUGCAAAGGGAUUAAUCUGGCGGUCUGCUACUCAGCCAGCAUUGGAGGCCUGGCCACCUUGACCGGGACCACCCCCAAUUUGGUGCUGAAAGGGCAGGUGGAUGAGCUCUUUCCGCACAACGACAACGUGGUCAACUUUGCCUCCUGGUUCGGAUUCGCCUUCCCUACCAUGGCCAUCCUCCUGGUCCUCUCCUGGAUAUGGUUGACGGGGUUGUUCCUGGGCUUUGAUUUCAGGAAGAAUUUUGGCUGGAGGGCCAGUGAAUCGGAACGGCACCGCUUGAAAGCAGCCUACGAGGUCAUCCAGAAGGAGUACCAGACUUUGGGGGCUAUGAAGUUCUCUGAAAGCAUCGUUUUGGGCCUCUUCGUGGUCCUGGUCCUCCUCUGGUUUACCAGAGAACCUGGUUUCAUGCCCGGUUGGGCUGGAGCCCUUUUCAACAAAGGCGGGAAGAGUUAUGUGACAGACGCCACUGUGGUCAUCUUCAUUGCACUGCUGAUGUUUGUCAUCCCUUCUGAGCUCCCUCGUUGUGGUGCCUCGAGAACGGAAGGGAGCCCAAGGGCCAUUCCAGCCCUUUUGGAUUGGCCAACUGUCCACAAGAAUAUGCCCUGGAACAUCAUCAUCCUUCUGGGAGGAGGCUUUGCUUUGGCCAAAGGCUGUGAGGUCUCUGGCCUCUCAGACUGGCUGGCGGGCCAACUCAGCCCAAUGCAGAGCAUCCCACACCCGGCCAUUGUCUUCCUGAUGUGCCUCCUGAUCGCUGUCUUCACCGAGUGCACCAGCAACGUGGCCACCACCACCCUCUUCCUCCCCAUCCUGGCUUCCAUGGCGCAGGCCAUCUGUCUGAACCCGCUCUAUGUGAUGCUGCCUUGCACCUUGGCUGCCUCCUUGGCCUUCAUGCUCCCGGUGGCCACCGCCCCCAACGCCAUGGUCUUCGCCUAUGGACAGGUCCGCGUCAUCGACAUGGUCAAGGCCGGCUGCAUGCUCAACCUUUUGGGCAUCGUGACCGUCUCCUUCGCCAUCAACACCUGGGCCAUCCCCAUGUUUGACCUCCAUCGCUUCCCUUCCUGGGCCAAUGGGACCAGUGGUCAAUGCUGAUUUCUCUGGUCACGGACUGAGACUGUUAGGACUCCCUUUGGGGAGGGGAUUCUGAGUUCGAAACCAGCCUUGUAACGGCUGCAGAUGACGUAUCCGGACACAUGUGCAGAGUGCAAAUGGUUUCCAUGUCCAGCUGCUGUGCCGUCUAGACUUUGGACAAACUACAGAGCCCAUCCUCCUGUUUAUUGGGAGGUUCGGUGGGGUUUGGGGCAGGGGGAUCUUGUAAGGGGUGAAAGGAACCAUAUUUUGUAU